UUCAUAGUUAUGGACCAAGAUGUAAAUUAAGAAAUUAUACUUGUUCAGUUAAAACUUUUGGUAUCUUCAAAACUAAACCCUACGAGAAAGCUCAGAGUGUUUCGUUUUCGAAUGUUUUCAGUUCGCAGCAGAAGCUUAACGCUAGUAAAAGAGCCAAAGGAUUCGUUUUUGUUACUGUGUAAUCUCCGAGCUCGAUUUGUAUCUACAGAUAACUAUGAUCCACCAUUUUCACCUCUCAGAAAACCCACUAAACCUUCUUCAGAGAAGAAGAAGAAGGAAACGAAGCAGGAUCAGUCGUCGGAGCUGGUAAAUAAAACGAAGAUUCCGGUGAUUUCAGACCUCCCUUUUGAUUUUAGGUAUUCGUAUUCAGAAACAAACCCGGAAAUUGAACCAAUUGGAUUCCGUGAACCCAAACGGUUUUCUCCGUUCGGACCGGGUCGAUUGGACCGGAAAUGGACAGGGACUUCCGCAUUAGCUUCGCCGGAGAUUGAUCAGAGCCAAUGGGCGGAAGAGAGGGAAAGAGUUCUCGGCGAGCCUUUGACAGAUGAGGAAGUUACGGAACUUGUUGAACGGUAUCGGCAUAAUGAUUGUUCUCGGCAGAUCAAUCUCGGGAAAGGUGGUGUGACACACAAUAUGAUAGAUGACAUUCAUAACCAUUGGAAGAAAGCUGAGGCAGUGAGGAUCAAAUGCUUAGGAGUGCCUACUCUUGACAUGGACAACAUAUGUUUCCACCUCGAGGAAAAAUCUGGUGGAAAGGUUGUAUACAGACACAUAAACAUUCUAGUUUUGUAUCGGGGAAGGAAUUAUGAUCCUAAGAAUCGUCCCAUCAUCCCAUUCAUGUUGUGGAAGCCUUAUCCACCGAUAUACCCAAGACUUGUAAAAAAUGUAGCAGAUGGGUUGACAUUUGAAGAAACCAGAGAGAUGAGAAACCGCGGGCUUCAUUCUCCUGCCCUAAUGAAACUUACUAGGAAUGGUGUCUAUGUUAAUGUCGUGGGAAGAGUGAGAGAGGAAUUCGAAACAGAAGAGAUUGUGAGACUAGAUUGCACUCAUGUUGGGAUGAGUGACUGCAAACGAAUCGGUGUGAAGCUAAAGGAUUUGGUUCCAUGUGUUCCCAUAUUGUUUAAAGAUGAGCAAAUCAUACUCUGGAGAGGGAAGAGAAGGAUUGAAGAAGAGGUUGUUACAAACAUUGAUCCAGAAGUAUGAUCAUGUCACGUGAACAAAUCCAACUGUAGACCAAACCUUCUUCAUCGAUACAACAAAAUCUUAAGCUAGGUUCAUAUGUCUUAAUCAAGAACUAGUCACACACUCACAGAUCCAACAAAUCUUGGUUGAUUUGUAUUCAACAUCUGCAAAGGUCCAAUGAAAAAAAACUAUUGUAUUUCGGUUAGAUUUUAAAUAUAGACUAACGGACCAGUAAAAAAGGUUCAAUUACUCUU